AUGGCGAGGAUGGAGGCGUCUCCUGAAACAAAACUUAACAAGCAGUCAACACUUGGUUACAAGAGUUUUGGUAGUUCAUAUCAGCUGGCUGAUGGCUCAUCACCCAGUGACUUAACUUGUGACUUGACUAAAAAACAUGAUCCUUUCCAUUUGAAACAGCUGGCACCUAAUGGCACAAAUUUGUUUGACCAAAGUCCAUCCAAUCAGGAGGCUGAUGAGGACUGCUCCAGCAGAGGCACACCAAUACCUGUCUACGCUCUGUCUACCAUCUUUGCCAUUGGCGUGUCAAUUGCUUUGGUCCUGCAGAUUUACCUGGGUGAAAGUUUGGUCUUCCAACACGGGGAGUUGUUUUCGGAUCACGAGCGCUGCACCGCACUCGGUCACAGAGUCCUUCGUGAUGGUGGAUCCAGUGUGGAUGCUGCCAUCGCCAGUGCCUUGUGUUUGGGAGUCGUUCAUCCACACGUAUCAGGUGUUGGUGGAGGAGGAAUCAUGCUCGUUCAUGACAUACACAGGAAUGAAACCAGGGUGAUCAACUUUCUGGGAUCUGCUCCUAAAGCAUUCAGAAGGGAGGUGUUGCACAAUGUUUCACAGGCCAAGGCAGGUCUGCAAGUAGGAGUGCCAGGCAUGCUCAGGGGACUGCAUCGUGCCCACACACUGUACGGAGGUCUGCCAUGGGAGGAUGUUGUCAGCAGAGCUGCAGCUGUAGCAAGAGAAGGUUUCAAUGUGUCUCACAGUUUAGCUGAUGCUAUAUCAAAGGUGAGUGGUGAGCAGCAAUCUCAAAGCUUCAAUAACACAUUCAUGCCACAUGGAAGACCUCUGAGUGCUGGUUCAUAUGUGAGGUUGCCUCGCCUGGCAGGAGUCCUGGAGGCUGGUUUGUUGAAUUUCUACCAUGGCAACCUAUCUCAAGAGAUUGUAGAUGAGGUCCAAGCAAAUGGAGGCGUACUGAGCAAAGAAGACAUUGGUAACUACAGUGUGGAUGUAGAGCUACCCAUUGAAGCCCAGUACAAUGAUAAAGAGUUUAUAAUUCAAGUUCCUCCUCCUCCAUCUGCUGGUGCAGUGUUGCUAUCAGCUCUCAACUUGUUAGAGGGACUCCAUAUCAGCAAGAGCAACGUAACAGAAACUCAAACACGCCUCUGGAUUGCCGAGGCCCUGAAAACAGCUUUAGCUAUGGCCAGUGGUUUGGGUGACCCUAAUUAUAACUCUUCGGUGACUGAGGCACUCUCUAACAUGCUGAGCAAGAGUCAGGCUGAAGUCUUCGGGCAGCAGCUGAAUUACUCCCACACAUCUCCAUCUGAGUACCUCUCCCCUAUCCACUCCACCCAAACAGAACUGGUGGCUGGACAGGUCAUUGUCAUGGGACAAGAUAAGCUCAUUGUGUCUGUUGCAAGUUCCUUGAGCAGACCAUUUGGGAGCAGACUCAUAACUCGAUCAGGCAUCGUUCUUAACAGCCUCAUCCUUGAUUUUUCCUGGCCAAAUACAAGCAGAGAACAACUUCAAACUAAUCAGGAAAACUGUGUCGAGCCAGGAAAGCGGCCCCUGUCGCUUCUCAUGCCCAUUAUAGUGGUGCCGGCUUUGUAUAAAUGCGGGAUCCACAUGGCAGUAAGCACCUCUGGUGAACAAAAUGCCCUGAGUUCGAUCACCCAGAUGCUGGUCAACGUAUUAUUCUUCCAUACAGAGCAAAAAGACAGCUUUUCCCUGACAGGGCUCCAUCACCAGUUUGAACCAAAUAAACUUCUUGUUCACUGUGAGUAUCGCUUUGCCUUCUGCAGUUGA